AGACAACGAAGUGGAAAGGCAGGACCGCUGCUCUGUCACUACGACCAUUGUGUUCUUUCUUGUGUGUUUUUUUCCUUCUUUUUUUGGUGAACAGCCACGCCCACCGAAGGCAGCAGGCGCGCGCCUCCGCGAAUCCACUGCCAUUCAAGUUUCCCUGCGAACCCACGCUUCCCGUUACAUUGGGCUAAUUGAGUUUGGAUUAGAGAACAGAUCGUUCACAGACUUUAAUUGGGGAAAACCCACACAGUCCACAUCCUCUUAGCGACAUGCUGAGAGAUAAACGAGUUAUCAGCACUGCUCCGAAGAGAUUUAAUUUGUACUUUUUCGUUUAACUUCAGAAUUUGUUACGCCGCAUAUACAUGGAGCCUACGCAAAGUUAUACUUUUACUACCUGAAGAUCUGAGCUCUUCGCGUCUGCUUCUCAUCAGCCGGACUGUGCAUUUGUUAAUCCAACGUUGUUACUUGUCACUCGUGUGGGAAAAUGGGCUGUUGCAGCGGGCGGUGCACACUUGUCUUUCUCUGCGUUUUACAGCUGCUCGCAGCCUUGGAGCGACAGAUCUUUGAUUUCCUGGGAUACCAGUGGGCCCCCAUCCUUGCGAAUUUCCUGCACAUAAUCAUUGUUAUUCUUGGCCUGUUUGGAACACUUCAGUAUCGGCCUAAGUACGUCAUCAUGUAUGCCGUUUGGACCGCGCUGUGGGUCGGCUGGAACGUGUUCGUCAUCUGCUUCUACCUGGAAGUGGCGGGCCUCACCCAGGAAAUGGACGUUAUGACCUUUAACAUCUCUCUGCACCGCUCCUGGUGGCGGGAGCACGGGCCAGGCUGCGUGAGGACGGAAGCCCCGCCCCCUGACCCCUACGACCCCCAUGACCUGCCGGGCCACGCCUUCAUCUCUGUUACUGGCUGCAUGGUGGAGUUUCAGUACCUGGAAGUGGUGCACUCUUCCUUCAGUAUACUGCUGGCUCUGGUUGGGUUUGUGUUUGCCUGCUACGUGAUCAGCGUGUUUACAGAGGAAGGGGACAGCUGUCGGUACUGACUCCCCCCCCCCCCCCCACGGUCCCGCCUUUCUGUCCUGUACAUUCUCAACAUUACAGCAACGUCCCAGUAACGUUCCAGUGAUGUUCCCACCGGCACUCCGCUAUCCUUUCACCCGCUCCAUUACCAUCCUCACUCAACCAGAAAAUAUGCUUAUCUUACGCGAGGGGGUGAAUGUGUACUGCCUGUCAGCUAAUGCAAACACAAAGACAGCACAUGACAUACACCUGUCUGCGCGUCUACUGUCGUGUGUAGCUUAGGGCUCGGUGGCUCAGUAAGCCCUAAACCAGUUACCCUAAGGCGAUAACUGCGGUCGCGUUGAGCUGAACUGAAUUAACGCUACUGUUGAACAGCCGUCAAUCAUAUGUUUUUU